AAAUAAAAAAAUGGUGGGGCAAAUAUGUGAAAUAUGGAGAGAAAUGAAGAGUAUAACGGCAAUGGUAGUGGUUCAGAUAGCUUCAGCAGGAUUGAACAUUCUGUUCAAGCUUGCAAUGGAAGAUGGUAUGAACCCAAGAAUUCUCGUGGCCUAUCGUCUCCUCUUUGCCACACUUUUCAUGCUUCCUGUUUCCUUCAUCUUUCAAAGGAAGAAGAGACCAGAGUUCACAUGGAGUCUACUCUUACUAGCACUUCUCUCCGGGUUACUCGGUGCGGUGAUACCAAGUAUCUUAAACGUUACGGGUCUUGGUUUGACAUCAGCAACAUUCACUUCUGCUGCUUCCGUUCUCAUCCCCUUGAUCACUUUCAUAUUGGCUGCAUUUCUUAGGCAAAACCAAAAAAUAUCCGGUUUACACUCUGAUGGGUUCCAUAGGAUGGAGAGUGUAGGGCUUGGAUCGAGCGUAGGGAAGGCUAAAGUUUUUGGGACACUGUUUGGUGUUGGUGGGGCUCUUGUCUUUAUAUUCUACAGAGGAAAAAACAUUAAUCUAUGGUCAACCCACGUAGACCUUGUGAAACAACCACGUGAGGACUCACGUGAUGCUACUACCACUCAUCACAUCUCUAUCCUUGGGGCUCUUCUUGUUUUUGGCGGUAACUUUACAUACUCCACUUGGCAAGUAGUUAAAAUAAGCAAACAAUUUGGUGGGGCUUAUUGGAACGCAACGCUAAUGAACAUGAUGGGAAGUGUAGUGGCUGUGCUAGUGGCUCUUUGCUGGAACAUUGAUUUGAAUAAAUGGAAACUAGGAUGGAACAUCAGACUCUUAACCGUUGCUUAUGCGGCAAUUGUGAUUUCCGGUAUGGUGGUAGCGGUUAACGCAUGGUGCCUUGAGUCUAGAGGACCGUUAUUUGUAUCGGUAUUUACUCCUGUAGGGCUUGUGAUCGUAGCUCUUGUUGGAUCAUUUGUUUUAAAUGAAACACUUCAUUUGGGGAGCAUAAUUGGUGCGGUGAUUAUCGUGGGAGGAUUAUACCUUGUACUGUGGGGUAAAAACAAGGAAAUGAAGAGUACUAUCACUACGACCUCGGAUUUUAUUGAAACAAAUAAGACUAGCAAAGGCAUCACACUCAACAAUCUCCCCACGUUAAGUACAGAUGUCCCU